AUGCGUUUCUCGACAUCCUCUGUCCUCCUGGCCCUGCCGCUGUUUGCGACCGCUCAAGAUAGCCCCUUCGACCAGUACAAGGCCCAGUUCCAGAACUUCCUGGGCAACUUUGGCUCCUACAUCCCCAACCCCAGCAGACAUGAUCACGCUGAGGCUGCAGAGACCAAGGCUGGCGCAAAGAAGAUGGACAUCUUGACUCUGGACAACUGGAAGGAGACCAUCUAUGCACCGGUCAAGCCCGAUGCGACGAAGCCGGAGGAGUGGUGGGUGUUGAUCACUGGCCGCAACAAGACUUGCUUCGGGCACUGCCUGAAGGUGGAGGCUGCCUUCAAUGAGACUGCCACCAAGUUCGCUACUCUCCCCAACGCUCCCCACGUUGGAUAUGUCAACUGCGAUGAUCAGCCCAUCCUCUGCAACGCUUGGUCCGCUGGAGCUGGCACUCUCUGGGUCUUUGAGGUGCUCCCGCCUCCGGCCGAGACUGACAUCUACCUGAAGCGCCUUAACCUGACCACCACCGACACCAAGACUCUCUUGGACCUGUACGCCGCCGAGGACAAGUCUUCCUUCAAGAAGCACGAGGGCUACUUCCACCCCCUUGACGGCCCUCUGGCCAAGAACGGCCUGGCUGUCCCCAUUGCAUAUCUCCUGUGGGGCUUCAACGCUGUCCCUAGCUGGAUGAUGAUGUUGGGUGUCUCCUUCAUCAGCCGCACCAUGAUGUCUCGCCGCAUGGCCAACCCGGACCAGCGCCGACCUGGUGCUCCCCCUGCCGCUGCCGCUGCUAGAUAA